UUAGCGUCCUGAUUCAUUGUGGAACAUUGUCGACGUUUCUAUAUGUUCUGAACAAAACUGUCGCCAUUCAUCGUUAAACGUUAUAGAGACUAUGCCCGUGGCGCCCCCUAAUGGACGGCGCCCUUAGCAUUUGCCUAUACGGCCUAUGCCACGGGCCGGCCCUGAAUCAACCGACUACGAGGGGCUAUACGGUGUCGAAUGGGUGCUACAAACUCCACGAUCCUCUUCACCUGCUGGGCGGUUCUCGAGGCCAGGAUCUCCACCAACACCUUCUCGUCCGUUCCUGCCCCCUAGUGGUCAAAACCCGUGGUUGCCGAGGAUACCGUGCACACUGCACACCAAGCAAAAGGGAACUCCCUCGUUUGCCGCAGACAGUUACCGCCUGUGGUGUAUAAUCGUGCUCCGCCCUGACUUUGAGGGGGGAAAAGGAUGCUUCUCCUUUAAGGAAGAGAGGGAGGUUGAUGAUGAAACUCGGCGUGGGGAAAAACUGGCGUUUUGUGGACGUGCUGGGUCUGGAGGCUGAGCCACUCUCGCUGGUCCCCGAGGAAUGCUGUGCCUUGAUGCUGCUUUUCCCCCUGACACAACAGCAUGAGUCUUUCAGGCAACAGCAGGCAGACAAAGUGGCGCGGGGCUCUGAUGCUUACUUCCUGAAGCAGACAUCGGUCAAUUCCUGCGGGACCAUCGCCCUGCUGCACGCCGUUGGCAACAACCAAAGCAAAAUGACAUUUGAGGACGGUUCCGUCUUGAAGAAGUUUCUGGAUGAGACCGCAAAGAUGUCUGCUAAAGACCGUGCCGAACAUCUGAACAUGAACAAGGCAAUCCACUCAGUGCACAAUGAGGUUGCCUCACAAGCACAAUGUGUGCCAGAAGCAGAUAAAAUAAACUUCCACUUCAUUGCCUUCGUCAACAUAAAUGGACAACUUCUUGAGUUUGAUGGGAUGAUGAAUGGCCCCCUGAACCAUGGACCUACCAAAGAUAACACCCUUGUUACGGAUGCAGCCAAAGUCUGCAGAGACUUUGUGAAGCGAGGACAAGGCGAACUGCGCUUCUCCGCCGUGGCUCUGUGUCGUCAGUAGAUUUCAGGACCAACUGUCAAUCACCACAUUGUGCCGCAGUAAACACAUUUAUCUGCUACUGACGGCAGACACUAUCAAGCAAGUAUUGUUUACCCCCCACAUCUCGUGCACUAAUAGCACAAUGUCAGCAACACAAUGCUCAACUGUUACAGGCUUGCAGACACCAGUGGUAGUCACUAUUCUCUACGAGUGACCAAAUCUAAUCACAUUGCUCUUUUUGUGCACAAGCACUUGUCUCUUUGUAUGCUUUUGUUAUGCUUGAAUGCAUUGUGAGCCAUUAAAAGUACACAUUGGCGUUUGCAGUGGAAAAAGUACAAAAAAGGACUGUUUUAGAUACUGCUGAAUAAGUAGUUGACACUGAUGUUCCUCACAGCCCAAAUGUAGCGAUAAAAUUCACUGUUGACUAAGUCUUAAUUUGCAGGUUUUUUCCCUGAAGAAUUUCAGUUAAGUGCAAUUUGUUGGCUUUGCACAGUAGACUUUGUUGCACUGUUGUGUGGCUGUUCUUGACACAAAUAAAGUGUUUUGAUGUG